GCUGCUAACGCUCACACACUGCCUGCUGCUGCUUCUGCUGCUGUUUCGGCUCUGAACAAGUGAGGAGAGCAGAGAGAAGGAAAGAGAAGGAGGAGAGGAGGAGGAGGAGGGAGAAGACAACUAGAAGCUUGAAAGAGAGACUAAAGCACUGGAGAAAGCAAGAAACAGACCCCCCCCUUCCCUAGGGACUUUCAUAGGGCGCAAGGCAAACAACUGGAGCCGAAGAAAGUGUGAGUGGGGAAAAGGUUAACUUUCAACGCCUCGAACUGCAUUGGGACGCGGGAGAAAGGCAUUCAUCUUUUAAGCUCUGGCCACUUAAGCCCCCUCAGGAGAUUCAAUGCACUAUUCCAAGCUGUUCCUGGUUUCCUUCUUGCGGUAACUUUUGGGGGGAAGACUUGUGGCUGCUGCUGCUGCUGCUGGUGGAGGUGCCCGGAGGUGACCCUCGAAGGAAGGAAGGAAAAGGAGAGUGUGUGGCGGAGGAGAAGAAGUUUCUUUGGAAACCUGGGGAAGUCUUUUUUGUUUUGCUUCCUUGUUUGUGUGAAGGAGCCGAGAAGAUGGGCUGCUGCUGCUGCCUGGGAGUCCGAAGCAGAGCGGACCUUGUAUGCUUGCUCACCCUCUUGCUGGGUUUCUUGCUGCCUGCCUGCAGGACUCGCGUGUACACCAACCACUGGGCUGUGAGGAUAACUGGCGGGCUCCAAGAAGCCAACAGGAUAGCUAGCAAGUACGGCUACAUCAAUAUAGGACAGAUUGGAGCAUUGAAGGAUUACUACCACUUCUACCAUAGUAAAACGAUUAAAAGGUCAGUUCUCUCAGGUAGAGGUACUCACAGCUUCAUUUCAAUGGAACCAAAGGUUGAAUGGAUAGAACAGCAGGUUGUAAAAAGAAGGAUAAAGAGGGAUUACAAACCUGGUGGCACCCAAUCCAUAUAUUUUAAUGAUCCUAAAUGGCCAAGUAUGUGGUAUAUGCACUGCAGUGAUAAUACAAACCUCUGUCAGUCAGAUAUGAAUAUUGUAGGUGCCUGGAAGAGAGGCUAUACUGGAAAGAAAAUUGUGGUCACCAUCUUGGAUGAUGGAAUAGAGAGAAACCACCCAGACUUGAUGCAGAAUUACGACCCAGAGGCCAGUUUUGAUGUCAAUGGUAACGAUAUUGACCCUAUGCCUCGGUAUGAUGCCAGCAAUGAAAACAAGCAUGGAACCCGUUGUGCUGGAGAAGUGGCAGCUACUGCAAACAACUCACACUGUAUAGUUGGGAUUUCUUAUAAUGCCAGAAUUGGAGGAGUGCGGAUGCUAGAUGGUGAUGUUACGGAUAUGGUGGAAGCAAAAUCACUUAGCCUCAAUCCCCAGCAUAUACACAUCUACAGUGCUAGCUGGGGUCCUGAUGAUGAUGGGAAAACAGUUGAUGGACCUGCUUCUUUAACACGACAAGCCUUUGAGAAUGGUGUCAGAACGGGCCGAGACAACUUGGGUUCCAUUUAUGUUUGGGCUUCUGGAAAUGGUGGAAGGAGUAAAGAUCAUUGUUCCUGCGAUGGCUACACCAAUAGCAUCUACACUAUCUCCAUCAGCAGCACAGCUGAAAGUGGGCGGAAACCUUGGUAUCUAGAAGAAUGUGCCUCUACACUAGCUACAACUUACAGCAGUGGAGAAUCCUAUGACAGGAAAAUAAUCACUACAGACCUGCGGCAGCGUUGUACAGAUAGCCACACAGGAACAUCAGCAUCCGCACCAAUGGCUGCAGGGAUCAUUGCACUGGCACUAGAAGCAAAUCGAUUACUGACGUGGAGAGAUGUACAGCAUAUCAUUGUAAGGACUUCACGGGCAGGACAUCUGAUUGCUAAUGACUGGAAAACCAAUGCCGCUGGUUACAAGGUUAGUCAUCUGUAUGGAUUUGGGUUGAUGGAUGCUGAAGCCAUGGUGCUCGAAGCAGAGAAGUGGGCCACAGUCCCUCCACAGCAUGUGUGUGUUGAGAACACAGAUCGGCAAAUCAAAACAAUACGACCAGAUAAUAUUCGUAAUGGACCAGAUAAUGGUGUUCGUUCAAUAUACAAAGCCACUGGCUGCUCAGAUAAUGCCAAUCAUCAUGUGAUCUACCUGGAGCAUGUUGUUGUGCGCAUCACUAUCACACAUCCCCGGCGUGGUGACCUGGCAAUUUAUCUGACCUCUCCUUCUGGAACAAGAUCUCAGCUGCUGGCUAAUAGGUUGUUUGACCAUUCCAUGGAAGGGUUUAAAAACUGGGAGUUCAUGACUACUCAUUGCUGGGGAGAAAAAGCAGCUGGUGACUGGAUCUUGGAAAUUUAUGAUACUCCAUCACAGCUGAGAAAUGUCAAGACUCCAGGUAAAUUGAAAGAGUGGUCCUUAGUACUUUAUGGAACCUCCAUUCAACCUUAUUCCCAAAGAAAUGAUUUUCCAAGAGCGGAACGGGUGCGUUCAAGUCCAAUAGAAGAACCUACAGAAGAUUAUGGGCUAGAUGACUAUGCAGGUCCGUGCAAUGUAGAGUGCAGUAAAAUAGGAUGUGGUGGGCCAGGACCAGACCAUUGCAAUGACUGUCUACACUACUACUACAAAUCUAAAAACAACACACGAAUCUGUGUUCCCAACUGUCCACUUGGUCACUACAGUGCAGACAAGAAACGCUGCAAAAAAUGCUCCGCCAACUGUGAAACAUGUUUUGGAAGCCACAGUGAUCAGUGUAAUACCUGUAAACCUGGUUACUAUAUCAAUGAAGAGUCUAGGAGUUGUAUUACCAGCUGCCCAGAUGGAUUUUACAUUGAUAAUCAUAAGAUGGUCUGCCGUAAAUGCAGUGAAAACUGUAAGACAUGCACUGAAUUUCAAACCUGCACAGAAUGCAAACAUGGCCUAAGUUUACAAGGAUCCAGAUGUCUUAUCCACUGUGAAGAAGGAAAAUAUUAUAAUGGCAGGGAGUGUGAGCCAUGCCACCAUUCCUGUGCUGCUUGUGCAGGCCCAGGAGCAGAUGCUUGCACAAAUUGCACAGAAGAGUAUCUUAUGGAAAAUGGAAGGUGUGUGCUGGCUUGUAACACUGGCUACUAUUUCGAUCACUCUCUAGAAAAUGGACAUAAAAGCUGCAAAAAGUGUGAUGCCAGCUGUUUCGGGUGCAGUGGUCCAGGAGAAAGAAAUUGUACAAGUUGUCCAAAUGGCUAUAUCUUAGAUACAGGUCUCUGCGUAGUUGGCCUUGUCUGUAAAGAUGGAGAAUAUAUCAAUCCUCUUGGACAUUGUCAGUUCUGUGAUGCUUCCUGCUCUAAGUGCACAGGACCAACUGUGAAGGACUGCACUGGCUGUGCAUCUGCAAGACUUUUGGAUGAUGGACAUUGUGUUCUUCAGUGUCCUAAAGGGAAAUUUGAAUUUAAAAAUCAAUGUCAUUCGUGCCAUCAGACCUGUAAGGAAUGCAGUGGAAGUGAACCGAACAAAUGCACAGCUUGUGGAACAGAUGAAAAGGGCAACCAGCAUUUCCUGUACAGGGGAGAGUGCCGAGAGAGUUGCCCUCAGGGCCACUAUCAUUCGGAGGACAGUGCCUGUCUGCCCUGCUCUGAGCACUGUGAAGUGUGCCUUGAUCAAACCAGAUGCAAAAGAUGCUCCGAAGGAUACUACCUGGCUCGUGAUAUCUGCCAAAAGCACAAAUGUGGAAAAGGUGAAGUAGAGGACCUGAACUCUGAAGACUGUAUUCCUUGUGCAGAUGGUUGCUUAUCCUGCAGCUUUGAUGACCAGAGAACCUGUACAUCAUGCAUCCAUAAUUAUUACAUGUACAAUCACCGGUGCUAUAGAAGCUGUCCUCCAAAUACCUACAAUGAUGAAAAUUCUAUCCUUUGCAUAGACUGCCUCCCAAAUUGCAGAAGUUGUGAUAAAUAUGAAUGUUACUGGUGUGAAGAAGGCUUUUUUCUCCUAGGUGGGCACUGUGUGAAUGAUUGUGGAGCUGGUUUCUACAGUGAUGAGAUCACAGAAGAAUGUGAACCAUGCCACAGGACCUGUGCAACAUGCAGUGGACUGAACUACAAUGACUGCACCACCUGCAAAGGAAAUUUACAGCUACUCCAUGGAAAGUGUGUGAAUCCCAAAAGCAAGCAUAUUGAUGGGAAAUUCUGGAACACAACAGCUACUCAGUUUCAGUUAUGUGAUCCUUCAUGCAAAACCUGUGAAAGAGCUCCUGAAGCAUGCACUUCAUGUCCCAAAGGGACAUUUCUUUUUGCUGCAACCUGUGUCCAUACUUGCCCACAAAGAACUUUUGCCAAUGUGCGGAUGAGAAGAUGUGAGAACUGCACAGAUGACUGUGAAGAAUGCAUCAGAACUGAUCACUGUCUGAAGUGUCUCCCUAAUAUAGAAAAGCCACGCUAUUUACAUGAAGGCAAAUGCUUGCAGGAAUGCCCCAGGGGCUUUUUUGCUGAAGAUGGAACUUGCAGAAUAUGCAGCCAGCCCUGUAGUACGUGUGAAGGAAAUGCCACCAGAUGUCUGUCCUGUGAAAGUCCUUUGUUCCUAGAGCAAUGGGAAUGUAAAAAGGCCUGCUCAGAGAAGCACUUUGCCGCUGAUGGAGUUUGUGGGCUUUGCCCUGGGAACUGUCAGGAAUGUAUUCAUAACAACACAUGUAAAGCGUGUGAGCCUCCAUUUUACCUGCACAAUGCGCAGUGUUUCCAGGAUUGCCCGUCUCACUUCUUUGCUGAUUCUGUCCGCUGCUUUCCUUGUCAUGAAGACUGCAGAGAAUGUGAUGGGCCAGAUUCUGAUGACUGCACAGAGUGCCUUAGUUCCUCCUUUGUGCUGUAUAAUGGCAGGUGCAUUGCAGAAUGCCCAGAAGGCACUUAUUACGAAGAAGACACCGACAACUGUCAAGACUGUGACAGGACAUGCCAGACUUGCUUGUCUUCCACUGCCUGCCUUACUUGUGAUGAAGGCCUGUUGAUGACUCAUCGUGGCCUCUGUGAAAUGCCCCAGCACUGCUCCGUCCUGGAGUACUAUGAUGGGCAGACCAAGACAUGCAGGCCUUGCCACAGGAAAUGUCUGGGUUGCACAGGCCCCGCUGAAGAUCAGUGUCUCGGCUGCCCAAGCACAUGGCGUCUUCUCAAUGCAACUUGCGUGCAUGCCUGUCCCCAUGGAUAUUACGAGGACAGAGAUAAAGGCCAAUGCUACCCUUGCCACAGGAACUGCGAGACAUGUUAUGGGAAGCACAGCACACAAUGCCUCUCCUGCCACCCAGACUGGUACAAGCAAGGACAUGGCUGUGUGCAGAUCUGCACAUCUGGAUACUACACAAACAAUGUCUCUGGCUCUUGUGAUAGAUGCCACAAAAGCUGUAAGGAGUGUCUGGGACCUGAAUCCACAGACUGUCUCUCUUGUGAUGAAGAUUUCUUCCUUUUGCGCACCCAGAAUGAAUGUGUCAGCUCCUGCCCUGAGCAUUACUAUGCAGACAGUGACAAAUACACCUGUGAAAGAUGCCAUCCAACCUGCAGUUCCUGCAGUGGGAAGGGAGCAUUAAGCUGCACGUCCUGUGUGUGGAGUUAUCGUUUUGCUGCUGGAAUGUGCAACUCAGAAUGCUUUGUAGGAGAAUACAAAAUCUCAGAGGAGGAGCCACCAAGAUGUGAAAGAUGCCAUGACACUUGUAUAGAGUGCAAGGGACCUGGUCCCUUCAACUGUACUGUGUGUCCUGCUAACAUGGAAAUCUAUCUGGAUGAAAAUCGUUGUCUGCCAUGCUGCAAGAGUUCUGAGCCUCUGGAAGCGCAGGAGUGUUGUGACUGCAGUGAAAUGCGAGAUGAGUGUAUAGUACGUACCACCAUGAACUUGCCCACUGAGAUGAAAAGCAAAAUGACAGCUCUGGUUACUGCCAUAUUGAUUUUGUUGAUCCUCACCCUUGGAGCUAUUGUUUUCAUAUGGAGAAGGUCACGCACCAAACCCAAGCCAGUUAACCAAGGUAGAUAUGAGAAGCUGACAGAUAAUGCAAAGGCUCUCACUUCUUUCAAAAGUAACCACUACCAGGGCAGCAGUUAUCAAGAUCAAGUGAUUGAAUACAAGGACCGUGAUGAAGAUGAUGAUGACGAUGACGAUGAUGAUAUUGUCUAUAUGGGCCAAGAUGGCACAGUAUAUCGUAAAUUUAAAUAUGGACUUCUAGAGGAUGAUGAAGUAGAUGAACUGGAGUAUGAUGAUGAAAGCUACUCCUUUAGAUAACCUUUAGUUUGUGCAUAUGUCAUUUGCUUUUGGUUACCCAGUUUUGUUAUUGACUGAAAGGCCCUAAUGAGGAACAAAUGGCAAACCUGAUACAGAUAAUCAUUUACUACCAAUCUGCACUGGAUGUGGAAAAAUUCUCCUUCCUUCUAGCCUGGGGGAGAAGGUAAACAGGUUAUCAAGUAAUUACAUGUACAACAUAAGUUACCAUUUGGUAAAAGGUUGUCUGUAUCAACUGAGCUUUUUUUCAAAUAUAAUAUUUUCCUUCUAUACUUCUGUUACUAAAUAGAUUGGUUGUAAGGUCAUGAAGUGUUGCUUUUUUAACUACACAAAAUUUCUGAGCUGAAUUACAUUCUUCUUGUGUUAAGAUGCCUGCUAUCCACAUGCUGAACAAAAUGGCAGGACCUCUGUUAGUCUGGCACGGCUGUACUUGCUUUGUACAGUACUACUCUCAUUUUGUGUGACCUAGUGACAGGACACUGGAAGAGGGUAGGAUAUCUCAUGGUAAAGACUUAGAGCUCCAUGAACACAGUACAACUAGAAAACUGACAUUCCAACCCACAAUCAGAAUGGGAAAUAUGCACUGAGGAAUGCACUGUGAGGUUCAAUCAGCCACCUAUAUAGCCCAUAGCCUGCCUUCUGUAACUGGCUUGGCUCUGAGGUAGGAGUUUUUGAGUAUAGUUAGAUUAUAAAAAUCUUCAGAGUUGUUGCAGUGCUACAUAUAAUUAUGUCAUUUGGCAAUUCCUCAUACUUGGCAAAAUAAUGUAUGUAUCACUUGAUCGCUGCAGCCAUCGUUCUAUUGCACAGAAUCACAGACAGAACUUUCAGGUCACGUGAUGCUACCUCACUGUUCAAUGAAGACUAUUCACACAUUCAUCCAGGAGUAUGGAUUAAGGACCAACUGAGUAAUUAAUGUACGUUUGUCUACACUAGUGGCUAAGAGACUGAACUGCAGAUUAGGACUUCCUCACUUUGAAUUUGGCCUCUGCCAUGAACUCACUAGGUCACCUUAGGCAAGCCAUGACUUCUCAGCCUCCACUUCCCAGCUGCAAUAGGGAAUAAUAAUUUCCUUGUUUUACAGAGUCACUGUAAGGAUUACAUCAAGUUAAUACAUGUGAACCUCUUUGCAAAAGUGGUAUACAAAUGCUGGCUCACAAACUGCACGACAUUCUAUGUGUGUUACAAUGAAACAUGUGCACAGUUUCACAAUAGCACUCUUUGUGCAAACACAAAAAUUGUACGAAUAGAGUUGUGUGAUAUAUGGCCAUCUAGUGUGCAACUGUUUGUACAAUUCUUGCAUUUGCACAAACAGCCCUACUGCACAACUAUAUGUGGUGUAGUUUGUAAGCCACUAAGUAUUCUAAUUAAGCAUGAAAAUCACUCCCUGUAGUCUUAUCAGUCUAUUAAAAAUACCUUACUGUUGUUGACAGUGCUUUUAUAUUGAAAUGGUAAAUAUAAUUGUGACCAGCCUUAACAAAUAUCUUGCUGCUGUAGCAUUGUAUUGUAACCCAUAUUAAGAGUAAUUUUUCUUUCCAGUGGCAUUUUUAGUUUGUACUAGUCUCAAAGCACUAAAAGUGCAUUUCUCAUGAAGGUCACUGACACUCCAUGUAGAAUGGUCUGCAACAAAUGGUAAAAAUAAGUCUGAACUUGUUUUAUGCAGCAUUAGCUCUUGAAUCAUUCUGCUCUUAGUAAUUACAUGUUUGAAGAAUUGUAUCAUGGGAUUUAGAUGUGUUUGCACAUUACGUCUAGUGGAGAAAAGGAAAGAAUUGUUUCUGAUAGUUCCUUACAAGAUUACAUAGAACUGAUUUAUUUUAAAGGCAUGUAGGUGCAAGGGAAUUAAUCAUUCAGCUUCAUAACAGUGGCAUGGCUCAAGAUGAUGGAAAAGGAAAUAACUAAGAUUGCACUAAAAACAAAUUGAAGUACUGAAAAAUGAAAGACACUAUGGAAUGUAAGAUAUGUUCAUUUAUGAAUAAGUACAAUAAACCUGUUUUGUGUGAACAA